CGAAUGGUGCAGUGAAGUAGCUGAGGAAGCUGCUCCAGGACUGGCUUCCUUGGAAGGCCUCGGCUAACACCAGGUGGUCCCUCCUCUAUCCACCCCUUACCUUGGCCUCCCAACUCAACCAUUCUCCCUGUGUCAUCACCAGCAAGAGGAAGAUGGGCUCGUUAGAUGCCACACGAGCUGAGCUCGGCCUCGUUGUUCUGUACCUGAACAAAGCCGAGGCUAGGGACAAGAUCUGCAGGGCGAUUCAGUACGGCUCAAAGUUCAUAAGCAACGGGCAGCCUGGCACCGCUCAGGAUGUCGAUAAAUCGACAACCUUAGCUCGAAAAGUUUUCCGUCUCGUCAAGUGGGUCAAUGAUCUUCAUGCCCUUAUCAGCCCACCUGCUAAAGGGACUCCUAUCACACUUGUCCUGCUUGGCAAGUCCAAAAACGCGCUCCUUUCGACGUUCUUGUUCCUGGACCAAUUUGUGUGGUUAGGACGAACAGGAAUAAUCAAGAACAAGGAGGCGACGGACCGGGUUGCGAGGAUAUCCCUGUACUGUUGGAUGGCUUCUUCUGCCUGCGCUAGUCUAGUCGAGCUUGGAGAGCUUAAGAGGCUAUCGAGAUCGAUGAGGAAGCUUGCAAGGGAGCUGAGGCGCACUGAUAAAUACGAGAAUGAACAGUAUCAGAGCAAAAUGAAGCAGUCGGAUGAGCGGCUCCUGGCCCUGGUGAAGGCGGCCAUGGACGUGGUCGUGGCCAUCGGGCUUCUUCAGCUGGCACCCAAGAAGGUGACUCCCAGAGUGACUGGAGCUCUCGGAUUCGUCACCUCGCUCAUCUCCUGCUACCAGCAACUCCCUUCCCGUGCCCCCGUGGCCAAAGUCAAGGCAUGAGAUGUGUCGGUGUUCUCCUAGUCCCAAGGGAGCCGUCGCUGGACAUUGAGCUGCACUUCAGCAUGAACCGCACGAGAAUAAUGUCUAUAUGUGCCAGUGUAGAAUACAUGGAUUGGCAGUCGUGCUCCUGCCUUAUGCUUUCAUGCGGUACUCAUAUUUUUGGUUGCCUAGUAGUAAUGGACAUGGUUAUGUCUUGUAUGUUCACACGUGGCUCCGACCUGUGCCACCGUGGAUAAUAUUUUUGUAGCGUGUAUAUGCUCGAAAGUGCAUGUCGCGACUGGCUAGCUAAUGGCAAUUGAACCAACCUUGGCCUU